AUGGGUGCAACUUGUUCAAAUAUUAAAAACCAAAAUGUAUUUAACAUCAUGGAACUACCAUAUAAUAUCCAUGUGAUGGCAUACAUCUGGUCUGAUAAUGGACAUAAUUUAUUUGAUUAUGAGAGUGAUUCGCUAGUAAAAAAAUCAAUUGAUUUCGAUUUCUAAGGAAGAGUGGUUCAAUUGGACAGAGAUAUUUUGGCUUUAACAAAAAAUGAGGUGGUAAGAAAUUAAAGAGAAAUAUUUGAGUUUCGUAGUAAUCAAAAAUAUAUUGAAAUAUAUAACCCUAAGAUUGAAAAUGCAUUCUGGAAAGUCAUUCGUCCUAUCCAGGCAUCAGAUUUACCAACUUUGGAGCGUCAAAAAUUAAUCAUUAAUACAACAAUAAAAUUAGGAAGAGUCAAGUUGACAGUCCUUGAUUAUAGCUUUGCUUAUGAAUUUGAUGAUGGGGGAGGAGUGCCUGAUGAAUUAGAUGAAAAAAAUAACUUAAAUGAUAGUGAGUUUGUAGAAGGUUAAGUGUAAUGCAGAUUUUGUCUAAGUAAAUUGGCAAAAUUUGAAAAUCCCUUCAUAAGUCCAUGCAAAUGCGCUGGUUCUAUCAAAUAUAUACAUUUAAAAUGCUUACAAAGUUGGAUAAAUAGUCAAUUAAAAACAAAAACAUAAAAUGGAGUAACUCUAUAUUAUUGGAAAAGUAUGAAAUGUGAGUUAUGUAAGACUAUGUACAAAACAUCAUUUAAAUUUAAGACAAUCCAAUACAAUAUAUGCGAUAUAAAUAAACCUAAGGAACCUUAUUUAUUAUUAUAAAUAAACCAUAGCGAUAAAAAUAAAGAGUAGGGACUAUAUGUAAUUGAUAUAAAAACAAGGGAUACAAUUAAAAUAGGCAGAACAUAAGAUUGUGAUAUAAAAUUGCAUGAUAUUUCUGUCUCUAGACAUCAUGCUAGUAUACUGGUUAACCAUUAAGAAUAAUCCUUUUUUUUAGAAGAUAAUUGUUCAAAAUUUGGAACACUAGUACUAGCAUAAGAUGAAGAUUUAUAGAUUUAAUUGAAUUCUCCAAAAAGAUUAGCUUUAUAAGUAGGUAGGAUUGUAAUAGUAGUAACAAUAGAGAAAAAAAUAAAUAAAAAGAAAAUAAAUAAAUAUCGAGUUCCUGCUUAAUUUGAAGUAUUUAGAUAAAUUAAAUAACAUGAAGAUGAAGUAGAAUAAUAAUCUGCUGAACAAUAAUAAUAAUCAGAUGUUGAGGACAUUUUAAUAAAUGAUCCAACAUUUGAUAGAGAUUAAGACAUGAGUAAAUUUAAAAAUAUGAAUUUUUUAACUGGAAGUAUUAUUUAGAGAGAGUAAUAGUGA